AUGUUGAUCAUCUAUAUUUUAGAAAAAGUUACUGAAAAAUCUAUUCAUCAAAAUUCUCCAGAAAAAACCGAUGAAUUUCGUUUAAAUCAAAUAACUCAACCAAUCUAUGUUUCCCAUGUAAAAACGGGCAGUACAUUAUGUUCUAAUGAUCAUAUAUUACUACUCCAAGAUGGUUCAACAACAAUAGAAUUUCGUGGAUAUCCAAAAUUUCAACCAGUACGUAUUCCAUGGCAUAAUGGAUUAAUUCGAGAUAUGGUUUGGUGUUCUGAUCUUAAUGUAUUUAUUCUUUUAACGAAAGAUGCCUUGUUUAGUGUCUCGCCAACAUCGUUAUUUACUGUUGAAACAGCAAAAGAUAAACCUUUAGUAGAUUUAAAAAUCAAUAUAUAUCAGAAAGUAAAACCUUUUAAUAAUAAUGUUUCAUUUUGGCGAUGUACAUCUGCUGGUACAACGUUAUAUAUUAGUUAUUCUGGAUUUGGUACAGCCAUCGAUGAGUAUUCAUUGUCAGCAUCUUCAUGUAACCUUGUAAAUCGUUGGGUACCACCAAAAACAUGUGCUAUAUAUGAAGGUAUUUGGUGUAUUCGUUAUCAACAGGAAACAGAUGAAUUAGGUAUUGUCAUAAUGGAUGCAAGAAAUAAUCAAUGGCGUUUAGAAAUCCGUAAUCGAAAAGAUCUUGCAUUUUUAUGGAAAAUAGUAUUACCUUUAUCAAAUGGUGAUUGUGAAAUAUCUCCAUUACCCGAUAGAGAAUGGCUUGCUGUGAAUUCAUGUGGUAUACGUUUAAUUCAAAUAGCUAAUCAAAAACUUAAAUCAGGUGUAGAAUAUCAACGUGAAUUAAAAAAUGCUAUUACAAUUGGUAAUUUAUAUUUUGUUGUUCGAACAAAAAGUACUAUUGAAAUUCAUCAAAUUAAACGAUCAAAAUAA